GAUAUCUAACGAACGAAAAAGAUCGAACUAACCUCUUAGUUAGUUCGAUGGUCUACUUCACCUUCCCGCUCUCUGUGAUACAAUAAGUUUUAUUUGGAUUUGUUUUCUAGAAAAUGCUGAUAUAUCGCAUCUCAUAUAACUGCCGAGUUAAUUUACAGGUUAUACUGAUCAUAGCUUGGGGCGCGAGUGUAUGUGUUUUUGAUGAAUAUCUUGUCCCUUACGAGCAUCGUGACAUCCUUUUUUUAGAGGAACCAAGGACUCCUGGUUUUGAGAUCGUUAUGGACUUGGCAGAUUUAUCUACGGCCAUAUGCACUAUAGUCUCUGUAUGGGGAUGGGCUUCCACCGAUUUAGAUUCUCCUAAAUCUAGAUGUGGUCCCCACUCUUGGUUAGCAGCAGCAGUUUCUAUUUCUCCUUUUGUCCUCCGCCUUAUUCAGUGCUUGUGUUCGUUUUACUAUGCUCCUUCUGACGAUCGACCUCGUUGGUGGCUGAGUGGUAAAACUUCAAACUUGUGAACUUGUACGUUUGGUUGCAAAUGUCAUUUUCU